CGAGGUCAUUUGAAGCAGAGAGGAGCUUGAUUGAAGAGAGAAGUUCGAGUGACCCUUAUAGGUUGACUUCUAACCUUGACAUUGCAAGAAAUGAAGAGGGCACUACAGAAGUAAAAGUGAAUUUUCCACAAGAUUUGGAUUGUCUUAUAGCUGGCGAAAAUAUAAACAGCUCUACUUCUAAUACAAACUCUGAACAAGGGACAAUAAGAGAUCAUGAAAAUAUACAUAAUGCUGGGGAGGAUGGAACUGAAUUCAAAGACACUGGUUGUAAUUCAGCUACUAAGCAGGAUGAUCAAGAAAAGGAUGACCAGAGGGAUGCACAGGAAUCCGAGAUGUCAGACAACUCAGAGGGUGGUUUAUCAAGUAAAGUAGGUUUCAACACCGAUCAUUCAAAUCAAACCUCACCUGAUGGAAGGAUACUGACAAGGAGAAGAGAGCAAAAAGAAGUAUCUGCAGAACAAAGCUCAAGUGAGGAAGCGAAUGACUCAAGUGAUGAGACUGAGGAUGUGUUAGAAGGUCAGUCUGAUGGUUCAGAUCAAGGUCUAAAUGAGUCGGACACAAAGGUCAUUGCCAAAACACCGUUAAGACGUCGCAGGCAAACUGUGGAGAGGAAACAACCAACACGAUCCAGUUCAAGGACCUGUAAGAAAGUUCUUGAAACUAACACCAGCACAGAGAAUGAGGAGAAAAAAGAGUCCUGCAAGAAGCACUUCUGUUUAUAUUGCAAACAGGCUUUCACUCAGAUUGCAAAGCAUUUGGAAAGAAAACAUGCGGACGAAACUGAUGUGUCCCAUGCAAUACACUUUCCCAGAGGUUCCAAAGUCAGACAGACUUUGCUUGACCAAAUUCGUAAUAAAGGAGAUUACGAACAUAAUUGCAAAGUUCUCAAAAGUGGUGAGGGGGAAAUUGUUACAAAGAAACAGGUCAAAAAUCCUGGCGUAUCCGUCCGUGAUUACCUGCCUUGCCAGCACUGCUUUGCUUUUUAUCGCAAAACAGAUUUAUGGAGACAUGAAAGAUCAUGUAAGGCCAGAAAGGGAGAUCAGAAAUCCUCUGAAAACACAAAAAGAAGCAGUGUCCACAGCGCUGCCUCCAGGCUGCUUCCAAUGUCAGAAUUUUUGACUGGAGGUUGUGAGGAAAUCAUCCACAUCAUGCAUCAAGAUGACAUCUCAAGGCUUAUCCGAAAUGACCCUCUUAUUUGUAAAUAUGGCAAUGCUUUGUCUGCUAAGUAUGACCAUGACAAGUCUCAGUUUGCUUAUAUUGCCCAAAAGAUGAGGGAACUUGGCAGAUUUUUGCAAGCUGUAAUUGAGCUUGACCAGAGCGUGAAGUACUUGCAUGAAAUAUGUCAACCAUCCAGAUUUGAAUUAGCCAUUGAAGGAGCCAAAAAAGCGAGUGGUUUUGACCCCAGUUCUAGUAAGUUUAAAACAGUUUCCCUUGUCUCAAAGAUCGGCUAUUCCUUAAAACGAGCUGCAGAGAUAGCUUUUGGGGAAAGUCGAAUGACAGAGGACAGUGAAACUGAAAGUGAGGUGAAAAAGUUCAUACAGCUUCUUGAUACAAAAUGGAACGGCUGUUUCUCUCGCAAAGCUCUUGCAUUAUCACUAAAGCAAGAAGUCAAGAAGGUGGAAGUAGAUAAUUCAACCGUUACAGAAGAUUUGAUAAAACUCCACAGGUUUAUCACAGGGGAAGAAGACGAAGCCAGGAGGGAGCUGACAGACAGUCCUAGUUUGUCAACGUGGAAAAAGCUCAGUGAGGCUACUCUAGCAGAUGUAUGUCUGUUUAACAGAGGAAGGGUAGGGAAUAUUGGCAGAAUUCCCUUGCUAACUUACACUCACAGAAAGAGUAGGGACGCAUUUGUUCCCUCUGCAGAUCAAAUAAGAAGAAGCACAAAAUUGGAGCUGGAGCUUGGUGCCAGUUUUACAAGGUUGGAGCUAGAGGGUCAGUCUGGUAGGAACAUGCUGGUUCUGCUCACUGAAAGGAUGGUUUCAUCAAUCGAAUUAAUCAUUGCAAAUCGAGAACAAGCUGGUGUGGCAAAAACCAACCCAUACCUGUUUGCACGGACUGAAGGUCCAUCCUUUAUCAGAGGAUUGGAUUGUUUUCGAAGGGCUGCAAUGGAAUGUGGAGUUAAAAACCCAGAAGCACUCCUGUCCUCAUCAUUAAGAGAGCAAAUAGCCAGUUGCUGGCAGCUUAUGAGCCUCAGUGAAAGUGAAUUGGAUCAAGUGGCCAUGCUGGUCAAUAGGAGCAGCCAGGAGUGUUACAGGCUCUCAGAUGAUGCAUCACAGCUGGAGGAAGUAAGCAAACAGCUUCUCAAGCUGGAUCGAACACUGCCAUCAAGUCAGCCAAGCACUACAACAGAUGGAGUAAAAGAGGACUCUACUCUUCUUUCUAUCUUCUUAGGAACGGCACAAAAGCCUGCUUUGAAGAGAAGACCUUGGAGUGAGAAGGAGCAGGCAGCAGUGAAGAGUUACUUGAGUGAAUUCAUCACAACAAUGAAGGUUCCGGGCAAAAAGGAGUGCAAUGCUUGCAUAGCUGCUGAACCAGAUCUUUGUGGAAGGUCUUGGACAGAUGUCAAAAACUAUGUGCACAACACACUACAGACCGUACGGAGGAGAAAUAGGUCUGAAGGAAAUAUAAAUGAGAGUCCAAAAGCUGGAGGCCAAACACCAAAAACAGAUUUGGAAGACACAAACAUUUGUACUAUGACAACAGUGAAUCCAGAUCAUAUAAGAGAAAGUUCAGACUGUUGUAUGACGAUGUCGUCACCAACCAACUUGAGGGACUCAACAACACUGUACUCACAAGACUUGACUCAGAGUUAUGCAUCUUUGUGUUCUACUAGUACAAAUUUGGUCCAUUCGAGUCAACAAUUGAUUUCUUCUUUCACACCAUUGAAUGCUACUGAUACACAAGUGGUUCCUACAUUCACCCCACACAACACUACAAACCCAUUAAUGUCUCCGGCAUACACAUCAGAGAGCAUGAUCAUGCCAAUGUCUCCCUCUUAUGUACAGAAUAACACAAAUAUGCCACCCCCAUCUGUGUAUACGACACAAGACACUACAAAUUUACCUCUGAUUCCUAAUUAUAGCACCCUCAAUGCCCCAAGUACCUCAAUGAGUCCUUCUUAUACGUCAUUAAACACAGCAAGUGCACAAAUGAUCCCUGCAUUCUCAACAUUGACUGAUAGAAAUAGGCCUAUCGUUUCUUCCUUUACAGCUCUGAACCAUCCAAGUACACCAACUUACCUCACAACCCAACCUAGGGCUCCUACAACUGCACAGGUUGUCCCAACCAUCCAUAGACCCAAUGCUCCUGACAGAAUACCAGUGGUGCAGGACAGCACGGGAAAGUCCACUGCAGGUAAACGAGGCACUCCAGCUGUUAAGCCUCAGAAGAGAAAUAAGCGGUUGUGGAGUGAGGAGGAACAGGCGGCAGUGAGGCGUCAGUUUGGAGACUUUUGUAAACUGGUGAAAGUUCCAGGCAAAAAGGAUUGCGAUGCAUGCUUAGCUGCAGAACCAGCCUUGAACACAAGAACAUGGAGGGAAGUCAAAUACUAUGUACAUAACUCAAUUCAGUCCUUGAAAAGAAGAGGACAUCCAGUUGCCUCCAAACAAAGUGUAGGACCCGAACCAGAGACUCAAAAUCAAAAUCAAAAUGCAGAGUGGGAUGGUCCUGUUUAUCUUUCAUUGUAAAUAUUUGUAAUGGACUUGUUACAAACAAUAAGAGGUGAUACCUUAGUUGUGUAGGGACUGUGGCUAUACCAUACACAUUUAUAUGGGUCUUAGAAAUUCAGAAAAUGUGAAUUGCUAUCAAAUGUGUGGUCUGUGAACCAUGUUCUCUGUAUCCAUAUGGAUCUAAAACAAUAACAGACUGCCCUUUUAUCCUUUUAGUCACAAAAGUUUCUAAAUUAUUAAAAUCAAGGUUGACGACCAAGCUAUUGUUGAACUGUUGCAUGAAUAUACACUAAGUAGAUUGAACCAAGGAUGUUUGUAAUGUAGGUUUUUCUCCAGCCAGUCAGAUAAUCAUGUGUAAUGUGCUUAUGUCGCAUAGAGUAUGCAACACAGUCAGACAUGAAACCAUUUGUCAGUUCAUUGAAGGUUAUCAUUUAGAUAUUGUCAAACCACAUUUUGCCUUGAUUCCCCAAGAUUCAUUGGUGGUGGACAGUUACCAAUAUGGCUUCCAAAAGGAAAUUUGCAGUUUCAAACACAGUAUUUCUAAAAAUGGUGACAAUUGCUUGGAACCUUCCAUCCACUGUGAUCCAGGCAUUUUCCACCCUGUACUAAGCAAAGGUAGACUGUACAUUUCUAGAGGGACUUUUACUCUACUUCAAAACUGACUUGGACAUCAAUAUUUCUGCCUGUGCUGUUUUCAGUAGCAUUUUUACUAAUUUGAAUACAAGAAAAAAAAAAAAGAGAAAGCCUACCUGCAAAUCCUUGUAUCCAGUGCUACGUUAAAGAUGUGCUUUGACUUGAUUUUCAUAAUUCCCAAAUGCCUGGCCCAAGUGUACUAUGUUCUGCUUUAGCCAGUAGCCUAUAGAGUAGACAGCCCCUGAUAGCCUGCAGCAGUAAUGGCAUACUUCCCUUCUGAUAUCAGAGAAUUAGGAGCUCUGUUUAUAUACCUCUUUCCUUAACCUUAGAAACCUAUUUUUCUGUUGAGGAUCCUGUUUGAUAAAUGUUCAUUAUCUGCAUAUAUUUGUAUUUUCAUGUGUGUUUACAAGCUACCGAAAGGUUAAGUUGUAUUUUUUUUUAUCUCUAUACAGCAAGUGUGUAGAAUAUUUUAGUACUUUAUUGUAUUAUAUGUACUCUGUCUCUUAUGUUAAAAAAACAUAUUGCAUUAGUAUCACUUUAAUUUUUAUCAUCUGGAGUGUUGGACAAUUAUAUCCAGCCUCCUAGAUUCAGUUGCCUUAUUAUGUUGAUUAUUUGCUGUUUCACAUUUUAUCUGUCGAUAGUUUUUAUUUCAAAUUUGUCAAACACAUAGCAUAUUAACUACAACCAUGAUGUUGUGAGCACAACCACUUUUUGUGCUGAUUUUUUUUCACAAGUAAAUUGUACUACUCGUCAUGAUUCCUAAAAGUGAAAGUGACAUUGGUUUACACUUCUAGUCUUAAGAAAUGGACAGCGAUUGGUGAGCUCUUUGUUGAACCAGACUUAAAGCAUCGGCCUAAAGAAGCUACUUUUGGUUUCUGCCCCAUGGGUAAAAUGUUGAUCAAAUCCAGAUUAUUUUCUACUGUGAUAACUUAUAACUGAAGAUGAAGAUAUCUGAAAAUUAAACAUUUCAUUUGAAGUGCAAAUGUAGGGUUGUAUUGGUGAUACAAACCUUGUUGAGUGUUUAUACUGGAUUCUUAAGAAAGGGUUCAACCUGCACCAUUAGCAGCUGGUCACAUUUUAAAACAGUAGUCCUGGUUUACCAAAUGGAUUGUAUUUUUUUUGUUUAAGAAAAUAGGUGCUUAUACAGUGUUCAUUUUACAGUGGUUAUAAAAAUGUUUUGUGGACCAACUGUUGUUUGGUUGAGUUGAAUGACUGUAGACGCUACCACUUUUUUGUUUUGAUGUUGUGACCCAAUGGAUUGGAAGUUUUGGUUAAUCAAUCUUUAUUUAUAUAGCUCCAUUUUAUAACAAAUUUUAUCUCUGUGGUUAAGAGUUCUCCCUUGCUCUACUUGGGUUAUUUUUAUGGACAGAAGAUUUGGUGUCAUCCUCUGUAGCAGCUGUAUUGAACCUUUGUAGAGUAACCAGUGUUUCUCCAUUUCAUACCAAAGCCUUUAGUAUCUAACAUAAAUGAAACAAACCCUUCUAAAUAAACCCUGCGUGUGAGCAGGGCUGCAAACCCAGGUGAGUUUUCCUAUGCUAACCUUUUCACGGAGACAAUAGAAAAGUUUCCCUUUGUCACUUCCUUCCUUUUAAGAUGGAUAUUUCUGGGUUGCAGUUUAAACUGUAGUCAGUGUUACAACCAAGUUAAGCAUUUGUAAUCAGUCAAAGGUCUAGAAAUAAACAAUCUUUUAUACACUACAUUUGCUCUUUGGCGUCGCACAGCAGCUUUUUUUUCCCUGUACAGUAGAUCUCUUUCAUUCAUUGCUGUUGUAUAAGCACACAAUCCUUGUUACUCUUCAUCCUGUUGUGAUCAUGUUGCCUUCAGUUUAUCCUUCUUACUAAGAAUUGUAAGACACUUCUGCUUGUACAAUAAAUUGCUUCUUGGCUUAAAACUUGAA